UCCGGCUGUGGCGGUGGCGGCGACGGCGGCGGCGGCUGCGGGUGGGAAAUGGCGGAGUACUUGGCCUCCAUUUUCGGCACAGAAAAAGACAAAGUCAACUGUUCAUUUUAUUUCAAAAUUGGAGCUUGUCGUCAUGGAGACAGAUGUUCUCGGUUGCAUAAUAAACCAACUUUUAGCCAGACCAUCUUGAUUCAAAACAUCUAUCGUAACCCCCAAAACAGUGCACAGACGGCUGACGGCUCACACUGUGCAGUGAGUGAUGUUGAAAUGCAGGAACACUAUGAUGAAUUUUUUGAGGAGGUUUUUACGGAAAUGGAAGAAAAGUAUGGUGAAGUUGAGGAGAUGAAUGUUUGUGAUAACCUUGGGGAUCAUCUUGUAGGAAAUGUAUAUGUAAAGUUUCGCCGUGAAGAAGAUGCAGAAAAGGCUGUCAUUGACUUAAACAAUCGCUGGUUUAAUGGACAGCCAAUUCAUGCAGAGCUUUCACCUGUGACUGACUUCAGAGAAGCUUGCUGUCGCCAAUAUGAAAUGGGAGAAUGUACUCGAGGAGGCUUCUGUAACUUUAUGCAUCUGAAACCCAUCUCUAGAGAACUACGACGGGAGUUAUACGGGCGUCGUCGUAAGAAGCAUAGGUCCCGAUCAAGAUCUCGUGAACGUCGUUCUCGAUCAAGAGAUCGUGGCCGUGGUGGCGGUGGUGGCGGCGGUGGUGGCGGUGGUGGUGGCGGUGGCGGAGGUGGUGGAGGAAGGGAACGCGAUAGGAGGCGGUCAAGAGAUCGUGAAAGAUCUGGUCGAUUCUGAGCCAUGCCAUUUUUACUGUAUGUCUGCUAGAAAGUCUUGUAGUUGAUUGACCAAACAAAGUUCAUAAUGAGAAUUUUUUUCUAAAAAACAACAAAACAAAAAAAAAGAUGGGCUUCUGAAUAAAAUUUGUAGUGAUACAGUAUUCUUGGCGUAACUGUUUCUUGUGGGAAGUCUUAUUAAUUUUCAUUUCUUUACCUCGUCAAAUGCAUGACCUGGCAGUGCUUGAGGUGAAGGUAAUACAGAUUCCCUGCCCUUUAAAUGUUUGGGGAUAGCUAAAACCUGAUUUGUGAACUUUAUAUAAAUAGAAAAUUUAUUUGAAGAAACCAUAAACUGAAAAGUAACUAAAAAAGCUUGAUGCAUAAAAAUUAACUUUUAUAAUAUUUUCUUUCCUGCUCUGCGAGUGUCAGGUUAAUUUAAACAGACCUGGAAACAUCUUUUUUAUUUACUCUGUAGAAACACUUAGCUAGAAACUUGAUUUGUGACCAGAAAUCUCUGCACUGUAAACUAGCAUAUUUACAGUAAAGCCAAUUUUUUAGUAUAAAAUAUUGUCUUAGUGUAUCUUUAAUGGAAAUUGAUAGUGGUGUCUGUAUAUAAUUAAAGGUUUUUUAAAUGGAUUUCAUGCAUAAUGCCCCAAAAUUAGAGUAGUGCCUAGAAGAUCAGUAUUAAGAUUAUGCCAAUAUUGAUAGUGUCUCAUAACAGUCCAUUAGGGCCAUUCUGCCACAAUUGAUAUUCCACAAGGCAAGUUAAAUCUUUUAAAUCAAACUAAUAUAUCCUUAAAGGUUUCUCAAAAUCACCUACCUAAAGAUCAGAUUUAUUCAUAUUUAAUUUCUCUGCUUUGUAAAGUGAUACAAUGAUUGGUGGUUGUGCAUUUAAAUUUCUAUAAUUGUUAAUUAACUUCCAUCAUUUAAUAUACUAUUUAAAUGCUGGCAGCUGAAAAUGUUUUUGUUUUUCCCUCCUUUUCAGUGCAUAGCAGAACUAAGAUUAAAGUUAAGAAUUAAAAAGCUUUUUAGCUGAAAUGGACAAUUGUCAAAGGCAAACUCAAUACACAUAUCUAAGUGAUUGACUAGAGAAGCAUUAGAGUUCCAACAGAGGUGUUAUCCAAGCCUACUUUAUCAUGAUUGUUCUAUAGAGUGUAGGCAAACCUUUAUUAUUGUAUGUGUAUUUAACAAUCAGCUUUUUCACUGUAUACGCAGUCCCCCCCUGUUCAAUUUAAUUUUCAAAAAAAUGCACAUUGCUUUGUUGGAGAGAGCAGCACCCUGCUUUUCAAAAGCUAGAAAUUCAAUAAAUCUUUAAAAAGAA